AAUUGGUUAUCGCUUUUGACGUAAGACGAAAGCUGGCAACGAGUAUUGGAAACGUAAUUGAUCAUGGAGACAAAAAUCUUCGCUACGACGUUUCUACUUCUGUUUUCUCUUCUCUUACCGCCAUCAUUGUCGUUUUUAGCGCACACUAGACAUGGAAAACGUGAUUUAGCUCCAGAGGUAUUUGAAGUAACUUGUACAUACUUCCUACUAGAAAAAUCGGUAGAUAUCGCAAAGUAACUCCACAUAAAAGUUGUCGGUUAAUGCUUACUCCUCAGGAUUUUAUCCACAAAAGCUCACAAACUUAGGCAGUAUCACUACGUAAAUGUAAACUGACAUCACAGAUAUACCCACAUCAAGCUUACAAUCUCCAUAUCCAACACCUUUUACUUGUAUAGUGAAAACGAUUGUAAACAUACAAAUAUUUUCAGUUAAGGAUGUCAUCGACAGACUCAUGUUAAGAUUAAGAUUUAUUUAACAGCUUCAUAUAACCUGCUGUUCUACUUUUAAGAAAAAACAAAUACUUGUCGGUUGAGUCACUGACUUUAAUUCCUACUCUGGUGUUCAGUUCAUGAAUGUUUGUUUUUUGGAAAAUUUGUCAUGGAAAGGCCUUAAUUGUUUCUUCCUUUUUCAUACACGCAUUGAGGAUUGAAGAUACCAUCUUUUUAUUUUUGUUUAUACUGGUUCCCUGUUUGUAUAAAUGAAACGUUACCUAAAGCCUUCCUUAAUUGGCUUCGGUUUCUUGGCGUAUUAUUAAAUUAACUAAAGAGCUAUUUAAAUAAUAUCAUUGUAUAAUAUAUUUUCUAAAAUCUUCAGGUGAAUUAUUUUAAAAAGCAUUCAAUUAUUCUUAGCAAUCUAUAAAAUAUCGUAAAGACGUUUGAAUGUCAUUCGAUACGUAAUCGCUUGCUUUUCCUCUCUUUUUAAAAACGAAUUUCUGAAACGUUUCCUAGGCUUACAAAUUUGGCCAGUUUAAAAGGAAAGUAUGGUUUAUUUUAUCUUAUUUUUUUUAAGCCUCAUUUUUUGAUUAAAAAGCACUCUGCAAAAAAUGGGCCGAACAAAGAACACCUCGGAUAUAGGUUUAAGUCAGAUUUGUCCCCUUUAUUUUUUAUCGUUAAUAUCAAUUCUGUAUUUCUCACAAAUUAAACUGUGAUUAUGGCAGAUGUUGUCAAAAUGAAAUAACCUAACUUUAUUCCGUCUUAAAGAGACCACGUUUUAAAUUUUAGACUUUGCAACAAAGCUGUUUUGAACUUAUUUGAUUCAGAUCAUCGACUUAUGGAGUUUUUUUUAUGUUUAUUUACCUUCUCUAAAGUAACCUUUUGUUGUAUUGUAUUCUUCUCUGCCCGAACCCCACCUGCGCCUGCGUGCGGGUUUAUUUUAUUGUUCAAUCCAUUCAACAAACUCACGGUACACACACCUGCAGUUUAUGAUAACGGAAAAUAAAGAACAAUUACUUGAAGUUUCUAAUGGUCUUAAGAACAGGAAGUGGCCGUUUUGUUUGAUUUGAGGUCGGGUAUUCGACGUAUACGACUUUGAACCUUUACAUGGCUUUCAAACUUUGCAUUUAGGAAGUCAUCUGGGUUCUUCAAACUCGAGUCUUGAAUUUUCUCAUAACAAAAUGAAAAAAUUUAAUUUAUUUUUUAUUAUGAAAAAUAUCAAGGGAUCAAGGCAUGCAGAUAGUUUAUUCCAUUAAUAAAUUACGGCUUAGGAUUAUUCGGGCUAUUCCUGCUAUUGUCAUUAAUACAUAUAUAUACAUUUUCUUUUCUUUUCUUUCUUUCUUCUUUUUGCUUUACCUAAGGUGAACACCAAUGCUGAACUAAGAGAGUUUUGCCAACAAGUGGAAAGGAGAUGCCUGGAGAGUAUAUACUCUUGGAGGGAAUCACUUAAAGGAGAGAAAGGACAUCAAAGACAAUUUAAAAGAGGCCCGAAGAUAGAUAAUAAAUUUUUCUCGGAUAACAACACUCCCUGA